UCCACGUAGAUCCUUUCCCGGGUGCCUCGGGCUGCACCAUGUUUCCCGCCCGCGCCUUGGUCCCGGCGGCCACGCCCGCUUCCCCCUCGGCCUGCGGUGCGCCGCGCAUCCCGAACCUGAACUCCCGGUCCAGCCCUCCACACUGCGCCAGAGCCCCCGCCCCCCACCCCAGGACCCGGGAGUGCCCUCCCGCCGCCAUCCCCGCCCGGGCUCAGGGUCGUAUUUUUAGUCGAUGGUGAGGUGUCCUCCUAUCUUUAGCCGUGGCCGCGAGUGUCCUGAAACGGAUCCGGACUGCGCUGGGCUGCACUCGGGCAGAGGGCUGGGAGGGGUCGGCGCCGGAACCCGAGCUGGGGCUGAGGAGCCGGACCCACGGGAGCCAGGGGCGGGGGCUGCACGCCAGAGCUCUGGCCCUGAGCCGAGCGGACACUCGGACAUCGCCCAGGCCGGAAAGCACGGGGGAGGCUCCUCCCUGAGUUUGGAUACCCGGGCAGGGUCCAGGAUCUCUCCCUUUCCCCCCACUGUCGGGUUGUGAGACCAGAGCCCCCCAAGAGAAGAUCCCGCAGACAAUCCUCACCUGCUCCUCAGCCCUGGACCAGAGAGAAGCUGGCGAGGACGAGCCCAGACAGCAUCACUGCCUACGAGCUCUGCGCCUUCCUGCUUCCAGUUUUCAGACGAGUUUUCAACCCUCUUGGGAGAAAGUGAUUUUUGUUAUCUCGAUCCUCUGACUUCAUCGAUCGUUUAUCUUUCUUUUCCAAAUUCCUUGGGCCAACUUUGGUCACACCACACGCACUUGGCAGGUGUUUGGUGUCUGGAAACCUCCCUCUAGGUGUUUCUUGAGGGUGGUGAGAGGAGGCAGUGGAGGCCGUGGUCCUGCGAGCAGACUGUCCAGGCCUGGGUGGUGAGGUCGCGAUGUCCACCAAGGUGCCCAUCUAUCUGAAGCGCGGCAGCCGCAAAGGCAAGAAGGAGAAGCUGCGGGACCUGCUGUCCUCAGACAUGAUCAGCCCACCACUGGGGGACUUCCGUCACACCAUUCACAUCGGCAGUGGUGGCGGCAGUGACAUGUUCGGUGACAUCUCCUUCCUGCAAGGCAAGUUCCACCUCCUGCCGGGGACGGCGGUCGAGGAGGCCGAGGAGGAUGGUGGCUUUGAGCUGCCCUUCCAGUUCACGCGCACGGCCACCCUGUGCGGGAGGGAGCUCCCCGACGGGCCGUCCCCUCUGCUCAAGAACGCCAUCUCCCUCCCCGUCAUCGGCGGGCCCCAGGCACUCACCUUGCCUGCCGCCCAGGCCCCACCCAAACCCCCUCGCCUGCACCUGGAGAGCCCUCAGCCUUCCCCACAGCCCUCCCCGCAGGAGGCAGGGAGUGUGGACAUCUGGCGGAUUCCAGAGGCUGCCUCGACCCACAGUGGGCUGAGCCCCGAGUCUGGGGCUGAGGAGCCCUUCCUGUCCCACGCCAGCUCCCUGCUCUCCCUGCAUGUAGACCUGGGGCCUUCCAUCCUGGACGACGUUCUCCAGAUCAUGGACCAGGACCUGGGCCACCUGCAGAUCCCCACAUAGGACACAAGAAUGGCCAGGCUGGGGUGAAUGCCAGAGACAGUUGGUGGACACGGCCCUGAUCUAGAAGUCGGAGUCCCAAGGUCCCACCUGCAUGGUUGCUGGCCAGUGAUUUCUCAGUUUGAGCCUUUGUUUCCCCUCCCUCCCACCCUCUCCCCGUGGACAGAGUGGCCUCUUUGCUUUCCCCUAAGCCCCACGAGGAUAUGUGUAGAUGUCAGCCCAAAGUGCCCUGUGCCUCCUGGGCCACCUGGACCCCCACCGCCAACUGCUCCUCAGACCCCUUGGACUGAGGCUCUGCUGAAAUGGAAUCUGCUUUUCACCUCCCUCUGCCUCAGCCCCAUCAGCGCCCUGCCGGGGGGCGGAGGGUAAGGGAAGACGUGGGGCACAGCCAGCUGGAUCUCUGGCUCUGUGUCCUUAACUGGGAAUGUGGCACCAGUGACCGAUGUCCCUCCACCCCACCCCUCCUACAUGACCAGGGGAUUCUGGUUGCAAUAAAACUUGCUGCUGCUG